CCCCCGCCGUUUUGCAUGAAGUAGGAUCCUUGAGCUGUUGCAGAGGCAGCCAACUGCUCCAUAUUUGGCUUCUAUUACCCAUUUACAUGCUGGAGAGAGGAGAGGGAGCGAGCGCUGUACCGCAGACAUCAUUUCUACUACAGUGGUGGAGACAUCCCGGACCUGUGUCACUGCAGGGGGAAGGAAAAACAAACAAACAAACAAAAAAGCAGACCCAAGCCCCGUGACCAGCUAGGAAGACGUUUGUGUGAGAGUCUCUCUCUGACCCCCCCCCCACGCCAACCCCACCUCCACUGACACUUUACAAUCAACAGUCACAUCGCAGGCCAAGCCAGACGGGCAAGCAAUACAAGCUGUGAAUUUAUUCUUGACCCCUGUGGGACAGUGACCACCUUCGUUUUGUCUUCACUGUACGAUAUGCACUGCCAAUAAGAAUCCAGAGGAGCCGUCGGAGAAUCGUGCUCACGGGGAGAUGAUUCCUCAUGAAGUCACUGGAUCCCUUGCAGAAAUCAAAUGUGACUUUCCUUUUAUCAGACUGAAACCAGAGCCAGCGAAACAGUGAAGCAAGCACAGUGGAGGGGGGACGGCGAAAGAUGAAAUCCAACCAAGAGCGGAGCAAUGAAUGCCUGCCACCUAAGAAACGAGAAAUCCCAGCCACCAGCCUGCCUUCGGAGGUGAAGCCGGUCCUGCCAAACGAAAACCAUCGUGCAGAUAACCUAGCAUGGCUUCCCAGCACGCCAAGCAGCCAGGGCAGCCUGGGGGGCCGGCACCGGCCCACGGGGACGUCAUCGGUGGAGGUGGGCUUGCAGCAGGGUUUGCACAAGUCGCUGUCCGCAGGGCUGGACUAUUCCCCGCCGAGUGCGCCCAGGUCUGUUCCAGCCUCCACCACUCUACCCACAGUGUACUCGCCUGCCCUCUCCCAGUCAGGGACCCCCAUUUCCCCCGUGCAGUACACUCACCUGCAGCACACCUUCCAGUUCGUCGGGCCCCAGUACAGCGGGUCGUACACCGGGUUCAUCCCCUCACAGUUGAUUUCCCCAACAGCCAACUCUGCGACUGGUGCCGUGGCAGCGGCCACGGCUGUUGCUACCACUCCAUCCCAGCGCUCCCAGCUGGAGGCUUAUUCCACUUUGCUGGCCAGCAUGAGCGGCUUAAGCCAGCAGGGGCACAAAGUUGAGCCGCACCUGGUCAGGACACCUGGACUGAUUGCUGCCGGGUCUCCUCCACCCACCCAGCAGAACCAGUACGUCCACAUUUCCAGCUCUUCCCAGAGCACGGUCAGAAACGUCUCUCCUCCAACCAUCCCGGUCCCCCUGCACCCCCAUCAGACAGUGAUCCCUCACACCCUCACCCUCGGCCCUUCCUCUCAAGUGGUGGUGCAAUACACCGACUCGGGUGGCCACUUCAUCACCAGGGAUGCCCCUAAGAAGCCUGAGAGCAGCCGGCUGCAGGCACUGCAGGCCAAGGAGGUACUGAACGGUGAGAUAGAGAAGAGCCGGAGGUACGGCAUUUCGCCCUCUGCUGACAUGGGUCUGGUCAAAGCAGGCAAUAAACCAGCUCCCCAUCACUACGAGACUAGGCACGUGGUGGUCCACUCGAGCCCCGCUGAGUAUGGCACACGGGAUUCCUCAGGUGUCCGAGCCUCUGUCAUGGUAGUCCCCAACAGCAGCACGCCCACAGCAGACAUGGAGGUGCAGCAGGCCACCAACCGUGAGACCUCUCCCUCGGCCCUCAACGACAAGGGAAGCUUGCACUUAGGAAAGCCAACCCACCGGUCCUACGCCUUGUCUCCGCAGCAGGCGCUGGGUCACGAGGGGGUGAAGGCAGUGGCCACGCUGUCCCCUCACACCGUCAUUCAGACCACCCACAGCGCCUCCGAGCAACUCCCCGUGGGGCUGCCGGCGACGGCCUUCUACGCUGGGACCCAGCCACCGGUGAUCGGCUACCUGAGUGGUCAGCAGCAAGCCAUCGGGUACCCUGGCAGCCUGCCGCAGCACCUGGUGAUCCCCGGCACCCAGUCCCUGCUGAUCCCCGUCGGCAGCGCGGACGUCGAGCCGUCAGGAGUCACGCCCGCGAUCGUCACGUCGUCCCCCCAGUUCGCAGCAGUGCCUCACACGUUCGUCACCACCGCCGUCCCCAAAAACGAGAACUUCAGUGCGGAGCCCCUCACCACCCAGCCUGCCUACCAGGCCACCAUGGUGCAGGCACAGAUCCACCUGCCUGUGGUGCAGUCCAUUGCUUCCCCGGCCGCUGCGCCUCCCACACUGCCCCCUUACUUUAUGAAGGGGUCAAUCAUCCAGCUUGCCAACGGGGAGCUGAAAAAAGUAGAGGACUUGAAAACAGAGGACUUCAUACAGAGCGCGGAAAUUAGCAACGACCUGAAAAUAGACUCCAGCACUGUGGAGAGGAUUGAAGACAGCCAUAGCCCAGGCAUUGCUGUGAUACAGUUUGCGGUUGGGGAGCAUCGAGCACAGGUCAGCGUGGAAGUCUUGGUAGAAUACCCUUUUUUUGUAUUUGGACAAGGCUGGUCAUCCUGCUGCCCCGAGAGAACCAGCCAGCUCUUUGAUUUGCCAUGCUCCAAACUCUCGGUGGGGGACGUCUGCAUAUCGCUCACACUCAAGAACCUGAAGAACGGCUCUAUUAAAAAGGGCCAGCCCAUGGACUCAGCUAGUAUCUUGCUGAAGCAUUCAAAGAAUGACUGUCUAGCUGGAAGUAGACACAGGUAUGCGGAGCAGGAAAACGGGAUUAAUCAGGGAAGCGCACAGAUGUUAGCUGAGAACGGUGAACUGAAGUUUCCGGACAAAAUAGGAUUGCCUGCAGCACCUUUGCUCACCAAAACAGAACCCAGCAAGCCCCCAGCAACGAGGAAGAGGAGGUGGUCAGCCCCCGAAACACGAAAACUAGAGAAAUCAGAAGAGGAGCCACCUUUGACUCUUCCCAAGCCUUCUUUUAUUCCUCAGGAGGUUAAGAUUUGCAUUGAAGGUCGAUCCAAUGUAGGAAAGUAAAAGUUGUUUGGGGAAAGGAAAUUAGGCUAUCCCUUGUCAUUUUUAUCCAGAUUACUGUACUGUAGACUAAAUAACCCAGUAUUUACAUGUUAUCAUCUUAUUUUAGGUUUAUGUUAUAACCUUGUUGUUAUAGUUGCAGCUGGUAUUAUGCAGGAGACUGGUGCAUAUGUUUUUCCACAAGUGUUUGUCAGUGACUAGGUUUAUCGAGAGCUACAGAAGGGGCAGUAUCUGCUUCACACACCCUUGGUGGAAAUGAAUGUGUUGUCAUGGCUCCUGAUUUCUAGCACCUCGUGUAGGACAGGGUCCAGCUGUGAUUUUGUUUCCUUUUUUGUUGUUCUUGUUCUGUUGUUUUGGUUCCUGUUCUAGUUUCUGGGGGGAGGUGAGGAGAAGGGAUCUGUAGCAGAGGUGUAUGUCACGCGUGGGGCGCCUGCAUGUAUGUGUGUGUGUGUGUGUGUGUGUGUGUGUGUGUGUGUGUGCAUCCACGCCAGUCCUGAGGAGGGGCUGCAGCUCGGUGGUGGGUUGGUGAAGAGGAUUCCACACCCCAGGUGGAUGCUGAGGACACAACCCACAGGUGUUACUGAAAAGGAUCGGACAGUCUCUGAUGUUUCCAACAACAAGCCAACACUUACUCAAGGCUCUACAGUAUAUAUAUAUAUAUAUAUAUAUUUGUGUGUGUGUAUAUGUAUAUAUAUAUUUUUUUCCCCCCAUGGGGUCUGACUGCACUGAUUUUUAUUCCUAAAGCAACUGCCACACCAACAUUUCCUUUCUGCUUGCUAGUGCAGUUCCAUUGCCUGGAGCCGGCAGACGGGGAGGCUGUACGGACUCUUGCACCGG